UGCACCACCCAGAAUUCUACUUUUUAUUCUGUUCCAUUCAGCCAGGCAAGGCUGAUUUUGUGUAUUAUGUCUUUUGUUCCCUGUGGAUUUAAUUUCAAAUUGUAGCUGGGGAUUUAGCUCAGUGGCACCAUGCCUGCCUUACAAGCGCAAGGUCCUGAUCUUGAUCUCCGGUACCAAAAAAAAAAAAAAAAUUUCAAAUCGCAGAGAAAAAAAGAGAGCCAUAGAUCCUUUGUCCAGAUUUUUUCUUUAAAACAGCUUUCCAGCUAAGUAGAAAAAAGACAAAAUAAAGCAAGACCCUAUCCCUGCAAUUCUGCUCUUCUAUCAAUACCCGUUUUCCUACCAUUAGAGAGGAAGUACAAGCUCAAGAGUUCCAAAGGCACCAGUAGUUGCUUCCCAGGUAACCUAAAGCAGGAUUUUAUUUCAGCAUAAGAACAAAUUCCAUUUAUCGAGCAUCAGCUUUGCCAGCCAUGAUACAAAUUUCUUUUUAUAGCAGCAUAUUAGCCUCCUCUCUCUGCCACACAAGCCUGCAGCCACUGAGCUCCAGGACUGCUGUUAGCAGUGUCCCCGAGGCUUCACUCUCUCCCAGCAUCCUUCUCUGUAUGAGUUUACCAGUUGUCCUUUUUCUUCCCUUCCAGAGUCUACUGGGCCUGUUCUGCCUAGGACUUAGAAGAUGAGCCCAGCUAUUGGACAAGGAGCCAUAAUUGGAGUGGAUUUUAUGAUUAAGACAGUGGAGAUUAAUGGUGAAAAAGUCAAGCUCCAGAUCUGGGACACUGCAGGUCAAGAGAGAUUUCGGUCCAUUACCCAGAGCUAUUACCGUUUUUCUGAUGCUGGGGAUGGAACCCAGGGCCCUGCACAGGCUAGGAGCCCAGGAGAAGUCCUGCCAUACCAACAGGUUGCCUCACAUGGCCACUUAUUUCUCUGGGCUCCGAGGAAGUCCUCUCGCUUACAAAUCAGAGGAGGAGCUCGGGGUCUCGCUGUCACUGGGAAUGGCCGCUGUCCUCGUCAGGGGAGCUCUGAUCUUCACCGUGAGCAUCACUUCCUGGCUUCAGUGCAGAUCCCUCAGCCUGGUGGCACAAAUCCUUCACAACACCGGCACAGGUUUUCCGGCUUCCACCACUGGCCUUUGGGCCCUCCCGGUGCAGCUCCUCGAUAUGGAGAAGCAUGAGUUAUUGCUGUGGGCUCUAAGGCUCUGGCUGGACUCCUGGAGGACAUUGCCUUGGGCUCUAGGCCUUCCGCUGGACUUGUGCGGGACACUGCCGUGGGAUCCAGGCCCUCAGUUGGAUUCUUUGGGUCUCUAGAGUGAGCUAGAUCUCUUGCACCCCUCUGCAUUUGACUUUUUGGGUGACUAUUAUAAAAUAAUCCUCUAUAUUAUGUGUCCUGUAUUAAAUCUAUUUCCCUUCCAAACCCUGACUACAACACUGUGCAACCAUGUAAAAAGGUAUCAUCCUUAACCUUGGCUUCACUAUUUAUUUUUGUGGUAUUGGGGAUUGAACUCAGGACCUUGUGCUUUUGAGGCAGGCACAGCACGGCAUGGCACCAAUGUGCUAAAUCCUUGGCCCCAGGUUUCACUGUUUAUAAAAUGAGUACACAGGACUAUGUCAUCCCUAAUGCCUCGGUAGUACCCCAACUCAGUACUUUUUCACUUGUUUCGGUGGUACUAGGGAUUAAACCCAGGGCUUCACACAUGCUAGGCAAGCACACUAGUGCUCAAUCACAUCCCUAGACUUUAAAAUUCUUACUUUGAUGGGGCUGGGGAUUUAGCUCAGUGGUUUUGCCACCUGCUGCGCAAGCGCAAGGA